AUGUCCUCGGAACAAUAUCCCGUGCAUCACCACGGCAUCUAUCAUAACCUGCCCACCUUCCCCCCAUCCACCAAGAACCUCACAGCAAUCAUAACCGGCGCAAAUGGGAUCUCCGGCUUCGCAACCCUACGAGCCCUUCUCGACCACCCAGACCGCUGGAGCAAGAUCUACACCAUCUCGCGCAGUCCUCCUCCGGCGGAGAUGCUCAACCUCCUUACACCCUCUCAACAGAGCCGUAUCCAACACGUCUCCGCCGACUUCCUACAAUCCCCGCAAACAAUCGCAGAGUCCUUAAAAGCGUCCGGCGUAACGGCAGACUAUAUCUUCUUCUACUCCUACCUGCAGCCGCGGCCACCCGCCGGAGCCGCGCCAUGGACAAACGCGCAGGAACUAGUCCGGGUGAACACCGCGCUUCUCACCAAUUUUCUGUCCGCACUCUCCCUCUGCAAGAUCAAACCACACCGCAUCGCCCUCCAAACCGGCGCAAAGAACUACGGCGUGCACCUAGGGCGCAUCCGCACUCCAGCCAUCGAAUCAGACCCCCGCGUCACCCUCGAGCCCAACUUUUAUUACCCCCAAGAAGACGCUCUGUGGGACUGGUGCGCGCACAAUAACGUAGAGUGGAACGUUAUCCGGCCGUCGUGGAUUAUCGGCGCUGUCAAGGCUGCUCAGAUGAAUGCACUGUAUCCAUUUGCUGUUUAUGCAGCUGUUGCGGCGCAUCGCGGGCAGCCGCUGGUUUUUCCGGCAGAUUGGUCUGCUUGGUUGAUGGAGUCGCAUCACGCUACGGCGAGACUGACGGGCUACCUGACUGAGUGGGCGGUGCUGGAGGAGAAGUGUAGGAAUGAGGCGUUUAAUGCGCAGGACACCAGUCCGUUAAGUUUUGAUCGGUUGUGGGAGGAGCUGAUAAGGUGGUUCGGGGUUGAGAAGGGUGGUGUUGGGCCAAAGGAGGAUGAGAGUGAAAUGAAUGCUGUUGUUGGAAAGGGCGGCAGUAAUAAUCCUGCUGGCGGCGGCCCUCCAGUUACACUCAAGUUCUCGUUUACUCUCCAACACUGGGCCAGCCAGCCCGAAAAUGCCGCAGCGUGGCGUGAGAUCAUGGCCGCGAACCCCAGCGUGACAGUAGAUCCCUUCCAGGACGUGGAAGGGUAUUUCACAUUUGGGGAUGCUGCUUUUGGGGGUAUUGGUCAGUUGUCCAUGAAUAAAGCACGACGACUGGGCUGGACCGGGUUCGUCGAUACGAGGGAGAGUAUCUUCGAGAUGUAUCACGAGAUGGAGGGCUUGGGUAUGUUGCCACGGACCAAGGUGGAUGUGGCGAGACCGUUGGUGUAA